AUGAAGAGAUAUCACCAUCUAGAAGUAGGAGAUAAAGAUAUACUUUCAAAUUUAUAUAUAGUCAAUCAAAAGCAUACAGGUCACGAUGCAAACAAAUCAUCUGUUAAAUCUAUAACUAAAAAUAAAAAGAUUGAAAUCACUGUUUUAGAAGAUGACAACGAUCAUCAUAGUACAAAAACAAUAAACAAUAAUAAUAGUAGUAGUGAUACAAGUAAAGAAGAAGAACAGCAAAAAGAUGUUACACUAAAUACAACAUCAAGCAACAACAACAAUAAUAAUAAUAAAAAGUUUAAUUCUACUGAUACUAUUUGUUCAAUUUGUCCGAGAUGUUUCAUUGGUUAUUGUACAUCCGAAUGUUUCAAGAGACACAAUGAACGAUGCACUGGUUUGUUCUACGAAGAGCAAUAUCGUGACAAUCUAAAAGCGAUGGAUAAGAUCGAUCCAAAAGAUUCGUUAGCUCUCAUCAAAAAGAUGAAGGAAAUCUACAAUAGAGAGGAUAGUAUUUUAGAUAGUUUAAUGAAUGAUAAAGACGAAGAUCGACUUGACGAAUAUGAUGAUGAUGAUAACAAUGAUGUAGAUGAAGACGAUGAUGGUGAUAACGAUGACGUCGAUCUAUCUAAACUCAAUCUCGAUGAGAUGAGUGAAGAACAACUAUUAUCAUUAUUGACAAAGGAAGAGAUCGAUGAGUUUCAUCAAUCAAUGAAGGAUGGUACCAUCGGAGAUAGAUUAGAACCUUGGAAUCCAUGGUGGACAGAUAUCAUAAAAGAUAAACAACACAACGAUGUAGUCAUUAAUAGAGUUAAACCGAAAAUUGUAGAUAUAACAGAUAUUGGUAAUGUAGAUCAGUCUACACCUACUACUACUCCACUACAACCUACAACAACAACAACAAACACACUAUCACCACUCAUACAUCCAAACAUACCAGCACUUUCAACCAUUUUUCCAAAUAAGCCAUCUGAUUAUCUAUAUAAUCAUAUUGUAGAUAUUAUUUAUUGUUAUUGUUUCUUAAUGAGAAGAUUUAAUGGAGAAUGGGGAUAUUUAUCAUUUAAAGAAGAUAAUUGUGAUAAAGAUAAAGAUAGAGAUACUGAUAUAGAUUCACUAUCAGAGUUGUGUGACGAAUGUAGUGUUAUCAUUGAAUUAUCGAUCAUUCUAAAGAGGACAGAAGCUAAGACAGUAUUUACGAGUUUGGACCAGAUAUUGGAGACACUGCUACACUCAACACAUCAAUUGAAAUCGAUUGGUAGUGGCAACGAUCUAUAUUUCUCACUUUUUGUAUUGGAGGAUACAUCCAAUGUAAUGUCAACGAAACAAUCGAUACUUGCAUCACUAUCUCAUAUGUACAGGCAUUUUAAUUGGUUGAAUCGAUCGCUCGCCAAUCCCAAGCAUAAACAGCAACAGGCUGACCAACUCUUUAAACUCACCAUCAAUUUUGCUACACAAAAGCUAUUGUUCUUCAUGGCAUGGUGUAACGAUCAACCCGAAUCCAAUUUCCAAUCACUUUCAAACAAAAUACUGGAUUUCUUUAUAAAAAAGAGAAAAUUGAGUAAACAAAACAAUAAAUAA